AUGGCAGCGGACAGCGAUGGGCUAGGCUCGGCGGGCGGGGGCGGCGGCUCGUGCGGGGUGGUGAUGACCUGCGAAGGCGACCUGCGCGACCCGCGAUUCCCCGCGCGCCUUCGCCGCCUACUGCGCGAGUUGCGCGCGCUGCUCGCCGAGCCGCAUCCGCACACGCUCAAAGUUAACAAGGUGGAGCCGUGGAACUCGGUGCGCGUGACGCUGUCGGUGCCGCGCGCGGCGGCGGCGCGGCUGCGCGCGCUGGCGGCGGCGGGCGCGCCGCAGCUGCGCGCGCUCGGCAUCCUGUCCGUGCAGCUGGACGGCGACGCGGCCGUCUCGCUGCGCCUGCAGCACGGCGCCGAGCUCACCAUCAGCACCGACGCCGCGAGUGAUGGCAACUCAUCACGGCAAGCGAAUUCCGAGUUGCUGGCAGGAUUGGGGGGCAUUGGGCGAUUGUUGGGAGAGGGCGAGAGUUCGUCCACUUCAACGGACACUCCCGCUUCUUCAACUUCCACUCCAAGAGAUAACUUCAAAUCACCUAACACCGUUUGUCCGAUGGACGGCAAGAUACCACAGAACAUUCCCACACCGACCACCGACCGCUGUGAGUUCCCGUUCGGAAGCAUGACUCAAGCAAGAGUCAUACAUAGGAAGGAAAAUACGUUAGGCUUAAGCGGUCCUGGGGUCCGUCCAAGCACAGCGAUAGCGGGCACGGAGCAGUUUCCGCGCCCUUCCACAUCCGCAUUCGCGGGUCCUCCUCCGCCCUACCCCGCGCCUUCGCCCACGCCUUCACCCUCUCCUGCUCCCUCCCCGGCGCCACCGGCGCAGUCGCCCGCCUCAGCGUCCGCUUCCACUCCUACUGUGGCGAUGUCCUCGCCGCUACUUGUCAACUUACUGCAGAACGAUGCGCCCGCGCCACAACCCAGGGCGAAACCUGUGCCGCAUCCAGCUAAAUUGGAUCGGUUGGAGGACGCACAGGUGGAGUUAGCAGUGGGACGGGCGCCAUUCGAAUAUCGAGGCGGACGCGCUUCGGUCCCCCGAGCACCGAGCACUCCAGCGCCACCUACAACACCCCAGUCCCCCUCGCUCCCGAGCCCCGGGCCUCCGCCCCCUCCGCCGCCCCGGGCGCCGGUCCGCGCCGCGCCCUUCAUCCGGCGCGCCUUCCCGCCACGUCCGCAACACCACCCCUCGCCCGUGUACCGCAGCCCGGCACCAAACGCCACGGUGGUGGGACGUGCGCGAUUCCCCUCCCCCAACUACGCGCCAGAUACGUUCCCAGCUCCGCCGCCGUAUCGUCAGCAAGGCGUCACGGUUGUUCAGCGGCCGAGACCUCCUCCUCCGCCACCCCCUCCGCCCCGGGUCACUCCCGAAGAUCUGCAGGCGCUGUUGCCACCACCCACUACGUCCAUGGAUCAGAAGACGCAAUCGAGCUUCCAGGAAUUUCAGAGGUAUCAGCAGCAGUAUAAUGCGAGACAACGGGCGGCAUCGCGGGCAGCUUCACAAACGGAUUGGAAUGAGCCCUAUCGGGACACAUUAGGGCUCUCCAUUCCCGAUCUACCCGACAAUUGUGAUUUGGAUCAGUUGUUACCAUCCUUGGGAGCCGACCUAAACCUAGAUGAUUCUGCUCUUUCGGCCAUCUCAGAGCUUGAUGCCAACACCAAGCUAGACCUUCUUUAUGAUCCCCAACAACAGGAUGGGUUGCCCAAUGCUAGUGAUUCAAAUCCUGAUGCACUGUUGCAAGAAAUUACCGGUGGCCAGUUUUCUAGUACGAAUCUGAAUGGACCAUAUAACAAUGAGUUAAUUCCAAGUACAAGUCAUUCAGUGAGUAAUGUGCCUUCAAAAUCUUCGGAAAAUUUUGAGAAUAACGAGUCGAGUUUCAUGCCACCCCCACCUGUUCCACAGCAGUCAACAUCUAAGUUCGUAAAUCCACAUCAAAAUACCUCCCCAAACCCUGCAAUGGUUAAAACCCAAAAUCCGCCAUUUAAAUCUCCUCCAAAUGCCACUUAUUCUAUGUCACCAAAUAGUAUGAAUUCCGAUAGAGUAAAUAUUAGCCAAUCCUCAAUGCCUCCUCCAAUGAGAUUGCCUGUUAGAGCAACUACUUCCGUAGCUACAGCAACUGUAGGCUCUCAGGCUACUGCGCAAGAAAUUGAAGAACAAAGUAAGCAGUACCUCAUAAAAACACUUAUGAGGGAUGAUGAUAUUCCACCUCCCAAAGAACAGGAAAAGAAAGUUGAGGAAGUAACAGUUGCUCAAUGUAAAUUGAAAGAUAAUUUGACAGAGACACCAGAAGUUUUCGGGAUAGCAAAGAUAACAGAAGAUGAUAGUAAAAGGGAAGAUGAUACAAAGUUACAAAAUAAAAUUUUAAAGAAGGACAAAGAUGAUAAACUGCUGGCGCAGAAAGGAGGGAAGCCAAGAACAGGGGGGGCGAAAGAGAAACCCGCUACAUUAAAAGACAAAAUAGUGCGCGAUGGAAAGUCUACCAAAGUUGCCUUACCGCGACCACAAGUCGCGAAACCCGCCACGCCUGUGAGUGAAGCACCAAAAUCACCCACAGGCGAGAAGGUUGAUUCUUUUUCUUUAAAGUUGAGGUUAAAGUUAGAUAAAAAUGAGCCCGUGGUACAGCCUGUGUACAAGGCUGAUAUCAGUUUUGUAAAUUUACAAUCGCAAAAAGAGGGAUUAUCUAAACCAACCGAAGGAGGUGAACUAAGAGUUCCGCCUUUACAUAUCAGCCUUAGAGGUCGUAACUCAGCGGUCAUAAAGAACUCUAAGAAGGAAAAAAAGAAGUUCAGUCCAGGAGAUUUGCAUAUGAAGAAGGUAAAAAUAAGAAAAUCCAUAGAAUCUGAUGACAAGUCUCAUAGACGGGAUUCAGAGGAGUCUCUUGCGACAAAAUCUGGAGACAGUACUGAGAACACAAAGACUGAUGAGUAUUUACAUGUCAAAAACAUGAAGCUAAACAAUCAUUAUGCAGAGGGAGAGACAAUUAAAACUGAGAUCACUGGAGACAAUAAUGUUGUUUACAGAAUGAAAACAAUAUCGAAAAAUGCUCACAUUGUCACUAAAUCUGCACUGACUGACUGCAAGCUACUAAACAAUAAAUUGCAAUUAGACAGUUUAAAAAUGAAAAAGAAAUCAAAAUUUGUCAGUGAAGGUGGAAAAGUCAUAGAGAAGGAAAGAGAUAAAGAUUGUAUAAAUGAUUUAUUGGAAAAAGAAGGCAAAUAUGCUCAGAAUGAGGGUUACAGAGAGACUCCAAACAACUAUGAAGCAAAAAAGAAGUUACCAACUCCAAAACUAGAGAAAGAAGGUGUUGCAAAAUGUGAUAAUUUGAAGUCCAGUGAAGUAAAGACUGUACAGUUAGAUACAGUGUAUAAUGAAAGUGUUAAAUGUGGUGCUAGUGAGCUGGACAGGGUUAAGUGUCAAAAGGGUUUAGAACGGACGCUUAGUGCGGAUGAUGUGGCGGACACAAAGAAGUUCGACACUCACAGGGCUAGUGAAGACAACAAACUAAAACGGACACUCACUGACAGUGCUGUUACCUCACCCAAUGGACUGAUCUCUUCUGAAAAGAAACGAAAGACUAGCCAUAGUUCCUGUCCAGAUCCCCCUGGAUCAACAAACGUAGGCACAAUCAGGGGCAGUCGGGUGGACUCGCCCCCACCCGCGUCUAGUCAGCGUCCUGGGGCGGUUUCGCCGCGGCGAAAAGAGAGGCCGAAGGACAAAUCCUACUGCAAACUCGUCGCCGAAAGGACAGCACGCCCUGACGCCGACAAGUUUAGCAACCGGUCGCCCAACUCCCAAGCGCAAGGGGAGGACUCUGGAAUCGAAUCUAUGGAUGCGUUGUCGGAGAAGUCGCCCAAUCAGGCCAGCCAAUCACCACCUGGACCGCAGAGGAAAGAACGGUUGGAUAUGCCCCGCUCCACCAGUCCAACAUCAGUACAAAGGAUAAUAGGCGUUAUAGACGCACCCCCUGCCUCUGACGAACUAUUAGAAAGGCUCUCAUUAGCGACGGGGCAACCGCAUUACGACCCUGGACCCCCCGAUAUUGACGAUUUAGGCGAUAUUGAAGCAGAAUUGGCUAAAAUGCAUGCAGAUCAUAUAAAUGGCGAUGACACUGUGAGAAGACCGCUCGAUGAACAGAUGCAGACCAAAGAAGUGAAAAGGGAGCCCACACCAAUUCUCAGGGAUAAUGAGAAACAAAGUCAAAGUAAUAACAGAAGUGAAAGCAAAGAAGAGAAAAUAGAUGAAGUGAAACAUGAAUGCAGUAUUGCUCAAAAGAAUGAAACAUGCGGUAAAGAUGAAUGUAUGUCACCUAAAAAAGAAAAGGGAGUUGAUGAUUUUGAUCACCUACCUAGCAGAAUGUCUCCACCGCUUUACACUUAUUCUAACCAAGAGAAGAUCUGUUCACCUGAAUGUAAGGAUGAGAAAAUCGUGUCAGAAAAUGGUGAAACUUGUACAGAGUCAUCUAAAGAUAAGGAACCGAAAAUAGAACGACUACCACUCAAAGCGGAUUUUCCUGAUAAAAGUUUGCUUGAGCAACUACUUAUUGAAAUUCCUACACCUGACUACACAGGUAAAAGACCAGAGUCACCAUCUCCAUCAGCAUUAGAACGCGUAGCGCGAAGUACGGUUCGAACAAGAUCGAGCAGCAAAAUGAACAGCCCAGCUGAUGGACCGAAAACACCAAGGCUUAGUCCCGGGGUGAACAAACUAGAAAGAUCAGAUUCCCCAGCAUUACAGCCCAGGAAUUGUCUUCGUAGUGGGUCUGUAGAUAAAGUAAGCCCGCGAAACGUUAAUUCCGUCCCCGCGCCAGCUAAACCUGGUCCAGGAGCAAAAAGAAAACGUAGGGAGUCUGAAAGCUCUUGUGCGUCCACCAUUAGUUGCGAAGAGGGGUUAUCUCCAGCAGGGCGCCCUAAGAAAAAACCGAGAAGGAUCGAUCAGAAACCAGCCAAUGCUGUAGUUGUUGCAAGUGGUAAAGUGAAAAAGGAGUCUGACAGUGACAGUGAUGAGCCUUUAAUAUGUAAAGUGAGGGGUAAGACGGGGAAGGGGUUGAAACCAGUUGGAGUAAAGGCAGUUAAGGGCGCUGAAGGUGUAGGCACGAGGCGCUCCGUGCGUCACGGCCCUACGCCUCUGACGCCUACGACGCCUAACACGCCCGCAGCGCCUUCGGCGCCACCAAAUAACACCGCCGUCCGACGGAAAACGCGAAGUGCAGUGGGCGAAGGCCCCGGAGCGAGUGUGGGCGCAGUGCGGCGGAGACGCGCGUCCCGCGACGGCAAGUGA